GUCAGGGCAGAGCGGGGAGAAGAUGGCGGCGAUACCUGAGGCAUCGGCGGCGGGGACCUACUGCAUCGGCGGCGGGGACCUGUGGCAUCGGCGGCGGGGACCUGUGGUAUCGGCGGCAGAACCUGUGGUCUGUUCAUGAAACAAGAAGCACGGCAUGAGUAUGCUGAACAGCACAAAACCUUCUUACUUUGUACUCUCGGGUCUCACUGAUGAUCCUAAACUCCAGAUUUUUCUGUUUUCCUUGUUUUUAACAUUUUACAUUGUCACAUUGGUGGCUAACAUUGGCAUCAUGGUAACAAUAAGAGGAGACUCUCGACUUCAAACUCCAAUGUACUUUUUCAUAAAUAACCUUUCUUUUUUAGACCUGUGCUACUCUACCAUCAUAACACCAAAGACCUUAGCUACUUUCCUUUCAGUAACAAAGACUAUUUCAUUUGGUGAAUGUAUAAUGCAAAUGUAUCUGUUUGGUGCCUCUGUUAGCCUGGAGUGUUUUUUGCUAGGGAUAAUGGCUUAUGAUCGCUAUGUUGCAAUCUGCAACCCACUUUUGUAUACGAUAGUAAUGAAGAAAAGCUUCUGCAGGCGGCUUCUGGGCUUAGCUUACCUUGGGGGUUACGUUAAUGCUUCCAUUCAUACAUCAUGUACUUUCCAAUUACCUUUCUGCAGAAACAAUAAAAUAGACCACUUCUACUGUGAUGUGCCACCUCUUUUAAAGCUCUCUUGUGUUGAUACUACAGUAAAUGAGCUUGUGAUGUUCAUUUUUGGAGGUCUUGCUGAAAUAAGCUCACUGACAACUAUUGUGGUGUCCUAUAGCUAUAUUAUUUCAAGUAUAUUGAACAUUAAUUCCCUAAAGGGCAGGAAGAAAGCAUUCUCUACCUGUACAUCCCAACUAAUGACUGUUGGCCUAUUCUACAGUACCAUUGUCUUUAUGUAUCUACGGCCUUCCUCUAGCUAUGCCAUGAGCCAAGACAGAAUUGCCUCUGUGUUCUAUACUGUUAUUAUUCCCAUGCUUAACCCAUUAAUUUAUAGUUUAAGAAAUAAGGACGUUACAAGAGCAUUUAGGACAAUCAUAGAAAAAUAUAGACUUAAGUUGCUGUUGUUAUAG